AACGUUUAGUUUUGUUGCUGUCAGGUUGUGGUAGUGCUGCUUGCUGGUGGUGGUGCAUGUUUCUGUCAUGUUGUUGCUGUUUUAAUGUGUGAUCUUAUGCUGGUUUGUGGGGUAUUGUAGCAUCCAGACACUUCAUCAAAUCCUGAUAUACACAUGCUGCUCUCCAAGAAAUUAAAUAACCCCUUAAUCUGUUUCUUGCAGCUAGAGUUGCUAGUGCCUCUCCCUUUGCAGUUAGCUAGAGUUUAUACAAGUACUAGUUUAUUCACUUUUCAUAAUUUAAAGGUAUAUACCAUGUGAAGAGAAAAGAAAUCACUGGCUCCAUGAUCUGAAUAAUUUUACUUUAAACGGUGUCUUAUGACCUGGGAGUCCCCCUGUCUGAUUUUUUCUUUUGUGGCUGUAUUUAUUUUGAGAAGGAAACUUAUGUCUUGAAUCUUGAAUUGUGGGGAUGGUAGGAAAGAAUUAGAAUUUAUGGGCUGCAUAAUUCUAAAUAAUGGGCUGGAUGAAAGGAGUGUGGCCAAGAGAGUUUGUUUAAUGCAAUGGCAGUUUUCUCUUUUCUCUGCUCCUGCUGCAAUCCUUACCUGACCCUGAUGCUGCAGCAGAGAGCUGGCCUGCUGCUGCUCCUGCUGUCUGUGAACAGAGCAAGUAGGAAGGAGCUGAAUGAAAUGGUACUUUACAGGUCACCAGCAGGCCAACCAUUGAAAAGAGAUGUCUUUUCUUGUACUGCAAGCUUUUAUCUUCCCUGAUAAGGAUUUACCCGUACCACCAGGAACAGUCUUUCUAGACUUCCAAGUUGGUAAAAUAAUAGGGAAUUUCAGUCAGCACGUGUUUCUGUGUCUCUUCUGACUCCUGAAGGAUGGAUAUUUAUGAGAAGCUGCUAAACAGCAUGUGGAACCCUCUGAUUGUUUUAGAGUUGUGAACAACCUUGGAAAGAUUUGUUGAAAGAAUAAGGAGGAACCUCUAUGGGUAACUUUUGGCUGGAAGAUAUUAUUGGUCAACCAUGGUAAAACUUGCAAACCCACUUUAUACAGAGUGGAUUCUCGAGGCUAUACAAAAGGUUAAAAAGCAAAAGCAAAGACCAUCUGAAGAAAGAAUUUGUCAUGCUGUAUGCGCUUCACAUGGAUUAGAUAAGAAAACUGUUUCGGAACAGUUGGAACUAAGUGUUCAAGAUGGCUCUAUUCUUAAAGUUACCAACAAAGGCCUUGCAUCCUACAAGGACCCAGAUAAUCCUGGGCGUUUUUCGUCUGUUAAACCUGGCACUCUUCCUAAAUCUGUUAAGGGAUCUAGAGGAACCUCUAAUGAGCUUCGUAGUGUGGAUUGGAAUAAACUACUGAGAAGAGCAAUCGAAGGGCUUCAGGAACCAAAUGGCUCCUCUCUGAAAAACAUAGAGAAAUAUUUGAGAAGUCAAAAUGACCUAGCAAGUAUUUUCAACAACCCUGUCUUUCAGCAGAGAUUACGACUGGGGGCCAAGCGUGCUGUAAAUAAUGGGAGGUUAUUAAAGGAUGGACCUCAGUAUAGGGUGAAUUAUGGUACUUUAGACAGUAAAGGAACUCCAAAAUAUUCCAGUGCUUUCCCAGCUUCUCUUCCUCCUGUAAGCCUUCUACCCCAUGAAAAAGACCAGCCACGAGCUGAUCCCAUUCCAAUAUGUAGUUUCUGUUUGGGCACUAAAGAAUCAAAUCGUGAAAAAAAACCAGAAGAACUGCUUUCCUGCGCAGACUGUGGUAGCAGCGGGCAUCCGUCAUGUUUGAAAUUUUGUCCUGAGUUAACAACAAAUGUAAAGGCCUUAAGAUGGCAGUGUAUCGAAUGCAAGACAUGCAGUGCAUGUAGAAUCCAAGGCAAAAAUGCAGAUAACAUGCUCUUCUGUGAUUCUUGUGAUAGAGGGUUCCACAUGGAAUGCUGUGACCCACCACUUUCCCGAAUGCCUAAAGGGAUGUGGAUUUGCCAGGUCUGCAGACCAAAGAAGAAGGGAAGAAAACUACUUCAUGAGAAAGCUGCGCAAAUAAGACGACGAUAUGCAAAACCUAUUGGACGGCCGAAAAAUAAACUAAAGCAACGAAUGUUGUCUGUAACCAGUGAUGAAGGAUCCAUGAAUGCAUUCACAGGAAGGGGGUCACCUGGUAGGGGUCAAAAGACUAAAGUCUGUACCACACCUUCAUCUGGUCAUGCUGCAUCUGUGAAGGAUUCAAGCAGCAGAUUGCCUGUUACAGACCCCACUCGGCCUGGUGCCACCACCAAAAUCACCACCACCUCCACCUACAUAUCUGCCUCUACACUUAAAGUUAACAAGAAAACCAAAGGGCUCAUUGAUGGCCUUACUAAGUUUUUUACACCAUCACCCGAUGGUCGCAGAUCACGAGGUGAAAUAAUAGACUUUUCAAAGCACUAUCGUCCAAGGAAAAAGGUCUCUCAGAAACAGUCAUGCACUUCUCAUGUGUUGGCUACAGGUACCACACAAAAGCUAAAAUCUCCACCUUCUUCACUUCCACCCCAAACUCCCAUCUCUGGUCAGAGCCCCAGUUCACAAAAAUCCUGCACUUCCACCUCUUCUAACUCUCCCCAAAGUUCUUCCAGUCAGUCAAGUGCACCCUCCUUUAGCAGCCUUCCUAAUAACAGUCAGCUAAAGGGACUCUUUGAUGGACUUUCUCAUAUUUAUACCACGCAGGGACAGUCUCGAAAAAAGGGACACCCGAGUUAUGCACCACCUAAACGUAUGCGUCGUAAACCAGAGUUAUCUUCCACAUCAAAAUCUAAUACCCAUUUCUAUGGAAAGAAAGAGAUUAGAAGUAGGUUUAUUUCUCAUUCCUCCACCUCUGGAUGGGGUGUGUCUAGAGGACAUGCUUUUAAAGCAAUUGCUCACUUCAAGCGAACAACUUUCCUUAAAAAGCACAGGAUUCUAGGCAGAUUAAAGUAUAAAGUGACCCCUCAGAUGGGGACCCCCUCACCAGGGAAGGGGAGCUUGGCAGACGGAAGGAUUAAACCUGAUCAGGAUGAUGAUACAGAAAUCAAAAUAAGCAUCAAACAAGAAAAUACAGAUGUAAUUCUGGUGGGGAGCAAGGAAAUUGUUACAGAGGAGGAUAUGGAAGUUUUUAAGCAGGCUCGGGAACUUUCUCUGGAGAAAAUUGGAUGUAAAAACAGCAGUGAAACAAAUAGCCGGUACCCUUCAGUGAUAGAAUUCGGGAAGUAUGAGAUCCAGACCUGGUACUCUUCGCCUUAUCCGCAGGAAUAUGCAAGACUAUCAAAGCUUUACCUGUGUGAAUUCUGUCUUAAAUAUAUGAAAAGUAAAAACAUUUUGCUAAGACACUCAAAGAAGUGUGGUUGGUUCCAUCCUCCAGCCAAUGAAAUCUACAGAAGAAAUGAUCUUUCAGUAUUUGAGGUCGAUGGAAAUGUGAGCAAAAUUUAUUGCCAAAAUCUUUGCUUGUUAGCCAAGCUCUUUCUGGACCACAAAACGUUGUAUUAUGAUGUUGAGCCAUUCCUUUUCUAUGUUCUUACAAAAAAUGAUGAAAAAGGCUGUCACUUAGUUGGAUAUUUCUCUAAGGAAAAGCUUUGCCAGCAGAAGUACAAUGUCUCCUGCAUAAUGAUCAUGCCUCAAUAUCAAAGGCAAGGAUUUGGAAGGUUUCUCAUUGAUUUCAGUAAGUAAAGUGCUUUAUUUUCAUUCAUGUUCCACAGAGCUGAUGAUUAUGGGAAACAGUAACAUAUAAAACCUUAUUUAACCUGCUUUGUUGUUUUUAUCAAUAGACAAUGGGAUUUCUGUUUGUAUUUACAUAGGGCAGAAAAGCUCCCUGAAGUGAAAAACUUACUGCUGCUCUGUUGUUGUACUCUAGGAAAUUGAGAAUACAUCUCUCUGCAGUAAUAUUAGCUCACAAAGCUAUUACGCUGAAUGAAUGUCUAAAUUACAUUCCAUUUUGCGCUUCUCAUUAGUACAAAAAGAGGCAAUUAUUUGUGAUUAAAGCUAAAGAAGGUGUUAGUCCAAGGCAUUCUCCACUUUCUAUAUCUUUUUUUAACUUGUAAUAUAUUUUUAGCGGAACAAUUCUUAUGAAAAGAACAUAUUAUUUCAAUUUUUCUUUUAAAAAUUUUUUAAAAAGCCAGGGAGAGGGAAAGAGGAGUUUAAUUACCUACCUUCUCUAGUGAAAAUUCUGCUCUUUGUAGCAAAUAUAUAAACUGGCAUUCAUGGUUGUAUCCUUGCUUGCUGCUUUAUUAUGCAAAUCUGUACAUCUGACCUAUUUGAAAAGCCUACGGAUAAUUUGUUUAAACAUACCCGUGUAUCAUCCAAAACCCCUCAAUUUGAAAUCACAAUAAA